AUGUCAGCAAUUGUGGCUGCUCUCACUCAAUGUGAGUUGGAAGAAAACGAUAACUUGGUGGAGAUUCUUGGGUUGGUGAGGUCUUCACGAAAAUCUCAGAGCGAUGCCAAAUUGGCCUCGGUGGUUCGCGGUUUGUGUACGAAGAACCUGGCUCUUUUGGCCACUCUCAGGCGGUGUGAGUCUGAGUUGGAUCUCGACGAUAAGGAUGUGUUCAAGUCGUUGGUGAAUGACUUCAUAGUAUGGUUUGAAGACGCGUUUGUGGUUUUUGAGCGAUACUUGUCAUGUUUCCCAUUGCACGAGGACUACGACUAUGCCAAAUUUUCUCGUCCCGUGCUACAUAUUGGCUGUUACUCUGCCUUCAUUGACCUGGCCAUCGCUACCUUGAGAAACCCAUUUAUUGUGGAGAAACUCACAACUUUCCGCUUCCAGAUCACGUCGUUGCUUACACGCUAUUCAGAGCAUUUGAAACUUCGAAAUUUGAAUAAAAUUUCGUUUGAUAACGUCCAGGCUUUUGGAGGGAAUAAGGUCUCUUGUUCGUUCACACUCGACGAAAUCGCGGAGAGAACCCAAAACGCACCCCUCUUCGUGGGCAAUGCUCGUGUCGAAAUGCUUCUUCUUGAUCUUAAACACAACUCUGGAGCUCCUCGUUCUCCAGGUACGAACUUCAAUGCUUUUGCAGUGCUUCAGCGUCAUGGUGAUGAGGAUCCUCGCUCUUUGAUGUAUCCACCGUUUCGUCUCAACGAGGUCGCAAUCGACCUCUCAGAACAAGGCCUUACACUUCAAGCGAUUGCAUAUUUUUCAAAGGCUUCUCAGGAUACAAUUACAAUCACGGGGUCUGUUGAAACUUUGAAGGCAUGGAACGCCAAGUUGUGCAAGAUCUUUCCUCAGAUUAAUAACAAAUUGAAACCCAGCAAGAAGUUGGAACUUGUUGGAUUGGGUAUUUCUUGCCUGAGUUCAGAGGAUGAUGAAUCUGAUAAGUCGCCUGUUGAGGAGAGCGUUGCGUCUUUUACACCUCCUUCCGAAGCAAUCUCUGAGGGUCAUGGCUCUUCAUCCCGCAGGCAGUCUUUGGAAAUUAUGAAGAAAACGCUUGGGAACACAGGAGCCACUUCAACUGUUGGAGUUACUAAGAAGACGAAUGUGAUAGACAGUGAGAUUGGACCAGGAUCUGCGAAGGCAGAAUAUUGCUACGAGGACGAUGCCGAGUCUGUUAUAAGCAGCGACGAGGAGGGUAUCGAGGCAUCGUUCGAGAUAGUCAAGCCCAAACUGAAACCCAUCUCACCACCCAAAGCAACUGUUUAUGGAAACGCAGCUGGUUCUGCAAUCAACAUUCACGAGUUUGGCAAAGAUUAUAAUCCAUCGUUUCUCUCAGUCAAUGAGACUGGCGCUCAAAGACUGAAGCCCAAGAAGAAUUUCUUACUCAACAUCUUCAGAAAGAACAAGUCAAGAGAAACUUUGGCGACCAAUCUUCCUCAGCAGACAGACGAAUCGGCCCCGAAGAAAACUCCAGAUGAUAAUUCGAAGCCAAGAAAGAAGAAGAGCGGAAAAUCUUCCAAAGAACACGCAAAGCCUAAACAAAAGUCCUCAAGGAAAUUCGAGGGGUCUAUAAAAGAAAAUUCUCAGCCAGAGGAAACGAAACAGCAGCAGCAGAAGACUACUGAAGAACCAAAGCCAAAGAUGGCACCUCCACCACCACUUGAUUUAUCCAACAUAGCAAGUGGCCCAAGUUCUGCAGCUUCAACAGACCCGCCAAGCUCUGCUUCCAGUACUUUUAAGAGAACACUUCCUUCUCCUUUUGCUUUGCCCUCUUCCACAUCGCAAUACUUCUUCAAACCACCAUCCGCUACACCAAGCACCAAUGAAUCAUCCAGCAGUUUAGCUAGCAACAACGUGGAACAGUCGUUGUGCAUCCCCGAUGCUUUGAAGGAAACAAUCAACUCUGAGAGCACCAUUGAUUUUUAUAUCUCACCAACUUCACCUAAAGCAUUGAAGGUGUCGAAAUGGAAACGGAAAUACGCCAAAUGGGAAAUGCUCACGACGAAUGAGAAUCUUUUUAUCAAGAUUGUGACAAACUAUGAAUUGAACAAAUCUUGGUUGCUUACAUUUAAGGAAGAGUACGACGCUGAGUACGAGGAAGUCAUCGACAAGCCUCUUCUCAUCUUGGACUUGGACCCGACCACGCAGGUCAGAAAGUCAUCAGCUCUCGACCUCGAAAUUAACGCCAUCAAUUCCAUCAAUGGCGAGAAGAUGUCGAUUAUCAUGCGCUGUCUCAAUGGGAAUUUGAUGAACGAGCUUUCGAAUAAUUUGGGCAAUAUAGUUGAAAUGAUGCAGAGCAAGCCAUCAGGAGGACGCAAUCCCUCGUCAUCCGAAAGCAGCUCUACGUUGAUGUCGUCGCUCAUGAGUAAGCCAAGCAUUUCAUCUACGAUGACCAGUCUCCGUCUUGAGGACUCACGCGAGAACAGCUGGAGCCCAGCCUCUUUGCAAGAGAGGCAGCAGCCACAGGAGCCUUCGUCCAACAUGCUCUUGCUCGACAGGUUGACGGUUAGGCUUCACAAGCAGAUGGAGUCUUACGAAAAGAUCCACGAAUUGUCGUCAUGGAAGACUAUCUCGAUGUACACGUUGAGCGUGUGCCACUCUGCCGGUAGCGUGGACAACGGGAUGUACCACUUAAUCAUGGAGAAGCAGGAAGAAAAUGAUUCUGGAGCGCAGCAGAUCUCGUGGGCGUUUGACGAGGGUACCAUUCGCCAGCACAUGGAGAAGAUUGGCCGAGCCGGGUUGUUGGUGAAGACCGACAGCGACAUCUACAUGAUCGAGUGCAAGUGCAAGAAGGAGCUCCGUCGUCUCCAGGGGCUAUUCUAG